AUGAAGGGCGCGCCGAACGCCCCGACCCACCCAGCAGCCGAGCUCGUUCAGAACCCCCUCGGCUCCUCCCCGCCCCCGCCGGAGCCUCACAACCUAACCCGCAGGCUCAGCACUGAGAGCGCUGCCAUUGGUGGAGGCAGCCCUCCCGAGCCGGGGGCUGGAGCUAAUCCUGCUCCGGUCCGGUUGGUUGCCGGUAAUUACGGCGCGGCCUCGGGAUGUGUGUCGGGAAUUGUAGUCCUUACUGUUCAGACCUGCAGGGGCCGCCGGCUUCGACGCUUCGGCUACCCUGACCGCUUCUCCCCUCUGGACUUCAAGUCCCACAAGGCACGAAAGCUGCCGGGCUCGGUCGCAGUUUAUAAACUAAACAGAACCAGAUUGUGGGAUUUUGUCGAAGGGAUGUCCUUGACAGCACUACAAAAGUUUAAGAAGGUGGUUGCCACGGGGACCAUUCGCCACCGACGGCAAAGUCGUGAAACCCCAUCACCACACUCCGUCUCCUUGGCGGCUGCUAAAGAAGAUUUAACCUUAAGGGGGCCUCAGGGAGAGAGGAGUGCUGCCGCUGCCGCCGAUAGCCGCACCUCCGCGGCUACGGGUCCUGGGUGCCCGGCCCCGGCCUGUGGCGGCGAGCGGCGGCCGGAGGAAGCGGCGGCGGCGGCGGGCGACUCGCCCGGGUCUCCGUCCCUCCGUGCAGAACUGGAAGAGGGGAGCCGCCAUAUUGGAGCUAGAGGCGAAGGUGCCCUGCAGACGCCGCGCGAGUCGGGUGGAGGUGGCGGCCCUGGCCUUGGUCUGGGAGGAGUCGGCCGCGCCGGGGCCCGCAAGGCUGGGGAGUGA